GCGUGUGUGGAAAAAGGAAGCAGAGCCUGUGAACGAACGGCGAACUCAGUGAUUUCCUACCCUCCUCGAACAAGCGCUCUUAAUCUUACUGAUAUACUCGCAGAAGAUAUCAAGCAGCUACUACAAGGCGAAAGGGGUGACUGAGGCAACCGUGUUUUUUUUCGGGAAGGGCUGCCUCGGCGAUUCGUACGUGAUUACAUGAGAGAAGUGAUCCCAGGCCGUCUUUUGUUGAGGCAAGUGGCUGUUAGCCUGUGUAGCAACCAGGCUACGCUACGGCCAAGCCUGGCAAAGGCUCCUCAAGGAUAAAGUGUCUGCCUGAUUAUUGUUUCAACUCCGGUUUCUUGGAUUUGGCCCAGGCCACGGAGUUCAUUCGGCGGGGGUCAUUCUUGGCGUGGAUCGCGUUUUGAAGUUGUUUGCGGCGGUUACUUUGGAACUCCAGGAUCAUCAGACUGGCGGCUUUUCUGAAACACUGGGGUUGUUGGUGUGGCCGAAUUUUCCCUGGAUUUGAUUGGUAAAUUCAGAAGACUGAAGCCCAGGCUCACAGUCUACCUUUCACGGAGGCCCAGCCGUGAGAGGACUGAGGAAGGCACGUGGCGAAUCAUGACCGCAGACAAAGAAAAACCGGACAAGGAAAAGGACAGAGACAGGGACAGAGACCGGGAGAGGGACCGGGAAAGGGACCGGGAGAGGGACCGGGACAAGAGAGACAAGGCGUCCAGGGAGAGCGAGAGCUCACGGCCGCGACGGAGCUGCACGCUGGAAGGCGGAGCUAAGAACUACGCAGAGAGUGACCAUAGUGAGGACGAGGAUAACGAGAACGGGGGAGGGGCCGGGGGAGUGGGCGGAGCCAAUAUGGGUUUAGGGGAGGAGUCGGGGAAGAAAGGGAAGAAGAAGAUGAUGAAGAAGAAGUCCAGGUAUGAACGGAUGGAGAACGGCGAGAUCACCUCCUUCAUCACUGAAGAUGAUGUUGUUUACAGACCUGGAGACUGUGUAUAUAUCGAGAGUCGCAGGCCCAACACACCCUACUUCAUCUGUAGCAUACAGGACUUCAAACUGAGUAAGCGCGACCAUCUGUUAAUGAGUGUGAAGUGGUAUUAUCGCCAGUCAGAGGUCCCUGACUCAGUCUACCAACACCUGGUUCAGGACCGCAACAAUGAGAACGAUUCUGGUCGGGAGUUGGUCAUCACGGACCCAGUGGUCAAAAGCAGGGAACUCUUCAUCUCUGACUAUGUAGACACUUACCACGCUGCAGCCCUCAGGGGAAAAUGUAACAUCGCCCAUUUCUCCGACAUCUUCUCUGCGAGGGAGUUCAAAGCUCGCAUCGACUCCUUCUUCUACAUCUUGGGGUACAACCCGGAGACACGGCGACUCAACAGCACCCAGGGAGAGAUCAGAGUGGGGCCCAGUCACCAGGCCAAGCUGCCGGACCUGCGUCCCUUCCCUUGUGAGAUCUCCACUGUCCAGGGUCAGACCGUGACCGAGAAUGAGGAGCUGGUGUGGAUGCCAGGGGUCAACGACUGUGACCUGCUCAUGUACCUCAGGGCAGCCAGGAGCAUGGCCGCGUUCGCAGGGAUGUGUGACGGGGGUUCAACAGAAGACGGGUGUCUAGCAGCUUCACGAGACGACACUACUCUCAACGCACUGAACACUCUCCACGAGAGCAGUUACGAUGCAGGCAAGGCCCUCCAGCGACUCGUCAAGAAGCCAGUUCCCAAGCUCAUUGAGAAGUGCUGGUCAGAGGACGAAGUGAAGCGGUUCAUUAAAGGUCUGAGGCAGUACGGGAAGAACUUCUUCAGGAUUCGGAAAGAGCUGCUACCCCACAAGGAGACGGGCGAGUUAAUAACGUUCUACUACUACUGGAAGAAGACCCCCGAGGCGGCGUCUUCCAGGGCCCACCGCCGGCAUCGCCGCCAGCCUGUGUUCCGACGCAUCAAGACCCGCACCGCCUCCACCCCGGUCAACACCCCGUCCAGACCCCCCUCCUCCGAGUUCUUGGACCUCAGCUCCGCCAGUGAAGACGACUUUGACAGUGAAGACAGUGAACAGGAGCUGAAGGGAUACGCCUGUCGUCACUGUUUUACCACAGCCUCUAAGGAUUGGCACCACGGAGCCCGUGAGAACAUUCUGCUGUGCACUGAUUGUCGAAUCCACUUCAAGAAGUACGGCGAGCUGCCCCCCAUCGAGAAGCCCGUGGACCCGCCCCCGUUCAUGUUCAAACCCGUGAAAGAGGACGAGGAUGGACUCAGUGGUAAACACAGCAUGAGGACCCGACGCAACCGAGGAUCGAUGUCGACGCUCCGUAGUGGCCGUAAGAAGCAGACAGCCAGCCCAGAUGGACGAGCGUCUCCCACCAAUGAGGACAUGCGGUCAGGUGGCCGGACCUCCCCCUCUGCCGCGUCCACCGACAGCACCGACAGCAAGAUAGACCCCAUGAAGAAACCUAGCAAGAAGAUCAAGGAGGAGGUUCCGUCCCCUAUAAAGAGCGUCAAACGACAGAGGGAGAAGGUUGGAGCCUCGGACACGGAGGAGGCCGACACCAGGACCAGCGCCAAAAAGUCCAAGACUCAGGACCUGGGCCGACCCGACUCGCCGUCAGAAUGCGAGGGGGAGGGCGAGAGCUCAGACGGGCGUAGCGUCAACGAGGAGUGUAGCAGUGACGCCAAAGACAUCGACCAGGACAACCGCAGCUCCUCACCCUCCAUCCCCUCCCCCCGCGACGGGGAGAGCGACUCGGACUCCUCGGCCCAGCAGCAGCUGCUCCUCCUGCAGAGACAGGAGAGGGAGAGGGAGGGGGAGAGACAGGGGCAGGCCCUCCAUCCUCCAGUCAUCCAGUCCUGUCAGCCGGGGACCUCCAGCGGUCGCUCCACCACGCCCCCACUGCCCCCCAGCUCCGCCCCCUCGCUGGUCCCCAGGGCCCUGUCUCCCUCCACGCCCCCCACCUCCCUCACGCUGCCGCUCCCACCUUCCAUGCACCAGCAGGCCGGCCCUCUGUCUCUCAUCCAAUCAGCGGAGAGAGACCGCCCCCUCCACCCCCAGAGGCUGCCCUCCCCCUUGCCUCAUUCACCUCUGCAGGGCAUGUCUCAGGCUCCGCCCCCAGGGCCUGCCGGCUCUUCCCAGUUGCUACCGGGCUCACUCCACGGGCCGCUGCCCCGGCCCUCGAUGCCACACCCACUCCAGGCGGGCCCCUCCCACCUGUCCCACGCGCUGCCCCCUCAGGGUUUCCCGUUGGUCCCUCAGUCUCAGGUCCCGCCCUCUCCGUUGCCUCUCAGCCAGUCGCAGCAGCCGCCCCACAGGUCCCACACGCCCCCCAGCCAGGCCCAGCUGUUGUCCCAGGGGUCCAGUCAGCCUCCCCGCGAGCAGCCCCUGCCCUCCGCCCCCUCCAUGUCGGUGCCCCAUAUCAAGCCCCCACCCACCACCCCCAUCCCCCACAUGCCCGGCCGCGACACUCAGUCCCACAAGCACGGCCCCCCACACCUCUCAGCGCCGCCUUUCCCCCAAAUGCCCUCCAACCUGCCCCCUCCACCUGCCCUCAAGCCCCUGUCGUCCCUGUCCACUCACCACCCUCCCCCAGCGCACCCUCCCCCCCUCCAGCUCAUGCCCCAGGGCCCAGGGGCUCAGCUCCUGCCUCCCCCCGCCCAGCCCCCUGUCCUCACCCAGUCCCAAAGCCUCCCCCUCUCAGAAAGGGAGAGAGGCAGCCAGCACCACCCUCCCCACCUCCCCCCCUCCGGAGCCUCACCGUCCUCUCACCCCAACGCCUCCCAACCGCCCUCCUUCCCUCCUCACCCCUUCGCCCCUGUCCUGCCCUCCCCCAGCGGUCCUCCCCCAUCGUCCUCCAGUCUACCGCCAGGCCUCCAGCCUUCCUGCUCUUCCUCCUCCUCUAUCGCCAUGCCCCUCCCGCCCUCGGUGGGCUCCGCCUGCCCAGGACCCGCCCUCCCCCCGGUACACAUCAAGGAAGAGCCUCUCGACGAGUCAGACGAGCCGGAGAGCCCCCCGCCCCCUCCACGAAGUCCCUCCCCGGAGCCUACCAUCGUCAACACGCCCAGCCACGCCAGCCAGUCAGCACGGUUCUACAAACACCUGGACCGCGGUUACAACACCUGUGCCAGAACGGAUUUCUACUUCACACCGCUGGCUGCCUCUAAACUGGCCAAGAAGCGGGAGGAGGCCCUGGAGCGCGUCAAGAGAGAAGCGGAGCAGAAAGCGCGGGAGGAGAAGGAGAAAGAGCGGGAGAAGGAGAAGGAACGAGAGAGGGAAAGAGAACGGGAGCGGGAACAGGAAAGAGCUGCGAAAGCCUCCAGUUCGGGUCAUGACAGUCGAAUGGUUGAUGCCCAGAUGGGUGGUUCGGUCCACAUGCGCCCCCCCUUCGACGGCCCCCCCACCACCAUCGCCGCCGUGCCCCCCUACAUCGGCCCGGACACGCCCGCCCUGCGCACCCUCAGCGAGUACGCCCGGCCCCAUGUCAUGUCCCCCACCAACAGGAACCACCCCUUCUUCGUUUCCCUCAACCCCAACGACCCCCUCAUGGCCUAUCACAUGCCUGGCCUCUACAACGCCGACCCUGGGAUGCGGGAGCGCGAGCUGCGGGAGCGCGAGAUGAGGGAGCGCGAGAUCCGGGAGAGGGAGUUGAGGGAGCGGAUGAAGCCUGGAUUUGAACACAAACCACCUGAGUUGGAGGGCAUGCAUCCCUCUGCCAACCCCAUGGAGCACUUCGCCCGGCACGGGGCAAUAUCCCUGCCCCCCAUGGCCGGGCCCCACCCCUUUGCCUCCUUCCACCCGGGUCUCAACCCCCUGGAGCGGGAACGGCUGGCGCUGGCCGCUGGGCCCCAGCUCAGGCCGGACAUGAGCUACCCUGAGCGGCUGGCAGCGGAGCGGCUGCACGCGGAGAGGAUGGCUGCCGUGGCCAACGACCCCAUCGCCAGGCUCCAGAUGUUCAACGUCACGCCGCACCACCACCAGCACUCCCACAUCCACUCGCACCUACACCUACACCAGCAGGACCCCCUGCAUCAAGGUGGUGGUGAAUGUCUCGUUUGUCCUCCAGGUUCGGGGGGACACCCCCUCGUUGACCCCCUGGCAGGCGGCCCCCACCUAGCCCGUUUCCCCUACCCGCCCGGCGCCAUCCCCAACCCGCUCCUCGGACAGAACCCGCAUGAACACGAGAUGCUGCGCCAUCCCGUUUUCGGGACACCGUACCCCCGGGACCUCCCCCCCCAGAUGUCUGCAGCCCACCAGCUCCAGGCGAUGCACGCCCAGUCUGCUGAGCUGCAGAGGCUGGCAAUGGAGCAACAGUGGCUACAUGGACACCAUCACAUGCAUGGAGGCCCCCUGCCUGGCCAAGAGGACUACUACAGAUCAUGCAGACGUUUCAAGUGAUCUGCAGUUCCAGAAAUUGACUCCUUUUACAGAAAAAGCUGAUGCCGCCUGAAGAAAGAAAGUGACAAACAACUGUAACCAACCAAUGGGGACGCAGAGACACGCAGGAAGUUGCAUACGCCACAGGAAGUACACUCACAGGAACAGGAAGUUGUCACACAGGAGUCUGUCAAUCAGAGGAACUUGACCUCCCGCUCCUCUGACCACUUCCAGUUAGGGAGAACCAAAAGGUGGACGAGCAGAGAAUUCCUCUCCUUUCCUGUCCACGGGGGACGUUAGCUUAUUUUUAUUUUUCCAAGAACAUUGAAAAGGACUUUGUUUGGUAUAACUAUAAUAGCCUUGAAGUAGUGACAGCGCCCUCACAACGGAAUGUGACUCUCCUGCAUGAAAACUACUCUAAAGCUUCCCCACCGUUUUUUGUAGGUGCUAGAAAUACAAGACACUUUGUCACUGUGCUUAUCGAUGGAGAGGACGAGGACCCCAGUGGUCUGGACAUUAUACCCACGGAAAGAUUAACAAACAAAGUGCUAUCUUAUUUUAAUACAUCGUUGGAGGUUUUCAUAAUUUUAACGAAAAGCAGCAGUGUGGUGUUUUUGAGUCUGUAAAUAGUAUAUAUAUACAUAUAAUUAUUAUAAUAAUUAUUAUUGUUACUAGGUGUGACUCCAAACCCAGUCAUUUAUAAACCUUCGAUAUGUUACUGUUCUGAAGCAUUACGCCUUGUUUCACAGGGGGGGGGGGUUGGGGGGGGGGGCAGCGGUGGUUUUUGAGGUGAUAUGCGCUACCGCCAAAUGAUCUGUGGAAUUACACACACAAACACACUAUUCCAUACAUUUUUUCCUCCACCUUUGUUUAUUAUCCACCUCCAGUCUACGGCCCUGUUCUGUUGAACUCUGAAUUAGACACCUUUUAUUCUUUCAAUCAACGAAAGGCCUAACAGUCCUCCUACGCUUUUAAAUUGGUUUGACAGAUCAGGCAGAUUACAACACUCCAACACCUUAGACUGGAGAAAAUGUGAGCCCGGUUCUCGUUUUAAUUUAGGGUUUUAAAUGAUUCGACUUCCAUUGCUGCAAAGUGUAUUUUGGUAUGUCGACAGAACAGACCCGACAGCACGCCUUUUAAAUUGUUAAAUGUGUUGUGGAUGUAUAGACGAGGGGCUUUCUAGAUGCCGGAGGAUUCUGACCCCGGUUUGUUUCCUAGCUGCUACACCUGGGCUCCUCCCCCCGGUAGGCGGUCCUCAGGCUCCUCCCCCCGGUAGGCGGUCCUCAGGCUCCUCCCCCCGGUAGGCGGUCCUCAGGCUCCUCCCCCCGGUAGGCGGUCCUCAGGCUCCUCCCCCGGUAGGCGGUCCUCAGUGCUGUGCCGUUUGUCACUGUGAUGCCAACUACCCGGCUAGCGGGAGGAGAAAGCUCCGGGUCCGAGGCACGCUGGUGGGGUUCCUACGCCAGGGUUCCUCUGUCUGCAGAGACCCCACCCAGGGUGUCGGUAAGGGGUGGGGGGGUGUACUGUAUGCCAUUGACUGUUAGAAGUGUUCCUUUCUGUUCACCUGUCAUACCAAAAUACAGCCUCACCUUUCCUGUUAGACCCACCUGUCUUGUCAGCCUGUGUUUAGGCUGCUCCUUUUCUCCCACCAUGAACGCGUGCUUGUGCGCGUGCUCGGUUUGUGUCAUCACUUCCAUGCUCCAUCUUUACUCUCAUGUUCUCUUCCUGAUAUCCUCUCUGGUUCCUGCCUUUUAGUCCCGCCCCUCCCUCUGUUACUCCUCCUCCGCCAAACCCUUGGAUGUUAAGUGUUGUCGUCAGUGGUUUAGCUUCUCGUUUCCAUGUGGCAAUGGGAGAAUGUAUACACAUUCUGACCGGCUGAGAUUUAUAUAUAUAACUGGUAUCUUGAAGCUUAUUGUAUAUAUUAGCAGUCACCAUUGGGAUGACGACAUGUGUAAACAAAAGUAGAAAUAAUAAGAAAAAUUGUGAGUCCUGUGUUCUCUCUCCAUUUGAGUAUUUUGUAAUAUUUUUGAAAAAUGUGUGGAAUUAAAAUAAACGACUGAGUUACACCACAA